UUCAGUUCUUAAAACACCCCCAUCAGUUGCCAUUUUACUUUGGACAAGGCUUGACUAGAUUUCUAGCUGUCAAAGCAGUAUUUGAGGAAGACUUGAGUGCUGUUCCCUUUAAUGUUUGUAUGAAGAAAGUGUCUCUGUUAGAAUUUGAUUGGAGUUAUCGGCGCUGCUGAGUGGCGCAAGGGAACAGCGGUUUGCACAAGAAGGGCUGAUCUCGGACGUGAGUAUCACCAAUGCUAACCGGUAUAUGCCAUGAAUUGUAAGGAAGCGACAGAGAAGGUUGUCCUGUCAUGGUCGCGAUUCACCUCAGCUGGCCAAACUACUCUACUGGAGACCCUGAAGGCAUUCAGUCCUAUGUCAAAAGACCUUUUCGACAGUGAAAAGGAACUGGCCGCUUUUAUUGAGGGACUCAAAGAUGAAGGUCACAAGCCUACUGUACUUAAAAGUAAAGAUGUUUAUGGUUACAGGUCUUGUACUUCAGUACUCAGGCCUGUAGUAAAGACGCAGAGUACACUGGACAUUGCUUCCUCAAAGGUUAAAAAGACUGGCAAAAAGAAAGGUAGAAAACCCCUGGGCAAGAACACAGAAAUCAACUAUGCUUUGUUAAGUGCAGCAGCGAAAGUUGUCCUGAAGAAUCAACCCAAGAUUCUUUUGACAAAUCUGUCAAAGGAGUCUCUCAAACAGACUGUCCUCUCAAAACCACCAGAAUUGGCUGUUGGGCCUGUCCAGAUGCAGUCAUACAUAAGACUGACAAACAUAAUUGGACCCUCUACAGGCCACACAGCGAGACUGCAGUUCCACACAGGUGUGGUCAGAAGAGGUAACGGUGCCGAACUCUCAUCGGCCACCAUCUCUAACAGGGACACAAGCACUGCAUUUGGAAGGUACCGGAAACUCCGCAAAAUCAGUAACUUUGAGGAGAGUGAACUUUGUGCCUUGCCCAGUCAAUAUCAUUGGAGUCCCUGUUCCUGCCAUGCUGCAAAACGACCGGGUUUUGAAGGAAUGCAACAGAAUGCCUUGCUGGAGGGACCAGAAAAGGAAAAGGACUGAUGAGGCUGAGGACAAACUCUGUGAAGAGGCCCAGAAAUGGGGUCUGGCUGGUCAAAGAGCAGGAAGACCGCCGACUGAGCCAGAACAACCUGAGGUGAUCAAGGUUGAUGACUCGAUCACAGACAAGGAGGUGAGGUAAGCCCAGAAGAUCCUUCGAGGUCACCGGUCAUAGAUUUGACCACUUAUUGCCUACCCAAUGUGAACGGCCGUCAAGAGUCUUAGUCCAUUUGUCCUCCAUGUACAUUUUAAAACUUUUUUUAUUUUUUUUUGUUGCAUCUCAUAUCGAGACAGUGCUUUGUCUUAGCUGUGCUCAGCUUGGGAGGAUAGGGAUUGUUUGGGAUACUUUUCUGAGAUUGGAAAAAAUGAUAUUUAUGUUAAUAUGUUUACAUAAGAGGACACUGGGGUAUUGCCUAAACAUCCAAAAAUAUGCUUUAUGUUUUGUCUUAACACUGCACAUAGUAUAGGUCACCCCUUGACUGAUAAGGGAAGGAAUGGAGAAGUGUGGUGAGGCACAAUGUAUGUCCCCAUAUGAGUUGUACCUACAGUAUAUUUGUCUUUUUACACUUUUUCUUCUAUUGGACCCUUAUGAAAUGUAAUUUUCUUAUCUGUUUUAUAAAUGAUAUAAACAUCUUUGACAAUGAA